UUAUCUAAUUAAAAACUGAGCUGGUUAAAUGAAGUCGCACUCAUAACAGACGGUAAAACCAGACCCGCGUUUUAAAGUCUUCUUGUCGUUAUUGAGUCAGUAUGGGGGUGUUUCAGCGCGCGGCUCGUUGGUCUAGGGGUAUGAUUCUCGCUUCGGGUGCGAGAGGUCCCGGGUUCAAAUCCCGGACGAGCCCAAAACUUUACCACAAAUUUUAAUACCUUAAAAUUCUUUUCAAACGGAAAAAUGGCAACGUUAUGCAUAUUCAUUUUCUGUAGUAAUAACACAAUCAUCAAAUAUUAAAGUUAUCUAUCGGUUGGUUGUACAGACCUGUUACUGUAGUUCAGCCCAGCUAUUUAUCAAAAUGUUUACUAAAACUGAAACGUUUACCGUCUUUAUGCUCUGUAUACAGUCCAUAUAAUAUUCCUCGUCAUUUCUUUGGUUUUGUGAAAAUAUAUGAUGGUCUUAUUUUGCCUUGUGGCGCUGAGUGGAGCAUACUGGGACUGGCGAAUUGCAUUAUGGGUCGGUAGUUCAGUCCCUGCUCCCAUUUGGCGCUUUGUUAGCUAACGUUAGCAAUGUAGUAGAUAAAACAACAACACCAGCUUUUACUCACACGAAACGGCUUCAGACCUGAAAACUGUAUUUUUUUUUAGCGUGCUCACAUUAAUUUCACACACAAUGCCAAAUUUCUGCGCGGCUCCGAACUGCACCAGAAAAAGCACUCAGUCUGAUUUGGCUUUCUUUCGGUUUCCGAGAGAUCCUGAGAGAUGUAGACUGUGGGUGGAGAACUGUCGGCGUGCAGACCUAGAAGAGAAAACUCCUGACCAGUUGAACAAACACUACCGACUGUGUGCAAAGCACUUUGAGCCAGCAAUGAUAUGCAAAACCAGCCCUUACAGGACCGUGCUGAGGGACACAGCUAUUCCCACCAUUUUUGAUUUAACCAGCCACCUCAGUAAUCCACAUAGCAGACAUCGCAAACGGAUCAAAGUUUUGACAGAUGAAGAGGUCCGGAAGAUAAAAGAGAGGAGAUUGGAAUCCUCAAUUGAACAGUUGCUGGCCAAAAAGGACAAAAAUGACAGUCAGGAUGGCAUGGAGACCAAUGAUGAUGUACCUCAGUUAACACCACACCAGAGAGAAUUAAGAGAGUUCUUACGGUCUUUGUUUGAAGUGAUUGUUUUGAUAGGAAAACAAAGCUUCCCAUUGAGUUUCCACUCAAAAGAUGACCAGGACAGCCACCCAGUUAUCAUGAGCACCUUUCAAGCCCUGCUAGAAAACCGCAUUAAUGCAGGGGAUGAAUUCUUGAGAGGGAAAUUUGAAGCCACAGCUGUUAAUGAGGAAUAUUGGCCAGCCACACAGCAGAGGAAACUGCUGGACGUUUGUGAAAGAUGUGUUCGGGAGGAGCUUCUCCAGGAAGUAAGAGAAAGUCGCUUUUUUUCACUUGUGACUGGGGAGCUGGUGGAGUUUUCAGAUGGCCAGCACAUCCCAGUGUUCUUGCGUUUUGUGGACCAAACCAACACUCUUAGGGAGGAGUUCAUAGAGUUCCUCUUGUUUGAGGGAGAGGAGCUUUCUGCGGCAGAUACAUUGGAGUCUCACGUCACAAAGCAAUGGGGGCUGAGUAUGGAACACUGUAGAGGCCAAGCGCAUGCUGCCUCCGGUGUGCUUGGCAGUAGAAUGAAGGCCAUAGCCACCCAGCUUAUGGAGAAAUACCCCAUGGCCGUCAAUACCCCUUGCUCUACCUGUGCACUUAACGUUCACCUAGCCAACAGCAUCCCCCUGACUGGAGUGCAGGUUGUGAUGUCAGUUCUGAAGAAGGCGGACGCAUUUUUUAAGGCAUCUCCGCUCCUGCAGGCUGAAUUAGACAGUGCCAUCUCCAUUCUCUGUCAGGACAAUGUGGAGAAAGGGAAUGAUCUUAAGGAGAGCUGUCGUGCAACCUGGAUGGACCUGCAUAACGUGUUUGAGAUGGCUGUGGAUUUGUUAGAGCCGCUUCUGCUCUGCAUGGACAGUGUACAUGACAACGAAGACUUGAAGUGGAACGACGAAAUCACAAGCGAUGCUUACACAAUCUCUGAGGCUUUGGCAGACUUUGAAUUUGUCGUCACUCUGGUUGUACUUAAGAACGCUCUCUCCUUCACAAGAGCAUUUGGCAAGAACUUACAAGGAGAGACACUGGAUGUGUUUUUUGCAGCCAGCAGUCUGACAGCCGUCUUGCAUUCUUUGCAUGAGGUUAUAGACAAUAUUGAGGUUUACCAUGAAUUUUGGUUCGAGGAAGCCGUGAACCUGGCUACCGCUAUGGAGAUCCCAGUCAAAGUCCCAAGGCUGUUCCUCAGGAAGCAGCAAGCAAUGGAAAGUGUGGAAAUACAGGCCGAGUCAUUCUUCAAAGAGUACCUAACCCUUCCAGUCAUGGACUACAUCAUUCAGGAGGUUAAGGACAUCUUCUCGGAGAACCACCUCAAAGCUCUCAAGUGUCUGUCUCUUGUUCCUGCAGUCAUGGGCCAGAUGAAGUUCAAUACAUCUGAGGAGGCCCAUGCGGACGUUUUUAGGAGUGACCUUCCCCAGCCAGACACGCUGCCCGCAGAGCUGCAUUGCUGGAGAAUCAAAUGGAAGCACAGGGGGAAGGAAGUGAGCCUGCCGUGCACCAUUCAUGAGACUCUACAUCACUCAGAUGUCAAAUUCUUCCCAAACGUCAAUGCAUUUUUGAAAAUUCUGGCCUCUUUACCUGUAUUAAAGCUUGGGAGUGAUCAAGGAGAGACUGGUCAGAAGCGCUUACAGGCUUACCUUUUAGACACACCGGUCAGCCACAGGUCAAAGAAUCUGGCUGUGUUAAAUAUCAAUUAUCACAUAAAAAUGGAUCUAGAGGAAAUGGUUGAAUGUUACAUCAAAAGUUAUCCAGAGGAUGAAAUUGAUUAAAAAAUGGCAGCUCUACAAAGACUUAACUUGUAGCCUGUCUCUCCGUUUUUGGAAAUCUCAUCUAAAACAGCCUGUUCAGAGGUUUGGUUGAAAGCAGUUAUAUUUUUGUAAUUUCUGUAUAUAGGUUUUGCUGCAUUUAACUUCGCUGACUCGUGUUACAAAAUGAACUGCAUUUUUACUGCUCUUAGUUUGGACUUGCAGAUUUCAUCUGAGAUGAUAAAGUGGUGCAUCGGAACUUGAUGUGUGAAAUUGGACUAAUGAGUGAAAAAAGCUCCUUGAAAAGUCUCGGACAAGAUGACAAAUGUUGCAUUCUCUUUGUUUGAAUACAAACAGUAAUAUUCCACUUAAUUUAAAGUGUAAAUAAAAGACUCUGAAUUUUAAUACAGCUUUUUGAGAUCAUAUUACUUACAAGGUUAUUGGUGUGUUACGAGAGCCUGAAUUUUUAAAGUCACCUAUUAGUGUAAGAGGCUCAAACUCUUGUGUUAUCUAAACUGUUUACUGAAGUGCUUUAUGUCUUAAGGUGUGUUUAUAAAUGCCCGGCCCAGGCAAAAGGAAUAUAUCCAGAGAAUCGCCCAGCUUCUGAUUUCUUUACAGUGCUGGUGAUGGGAACCAGGGAUCUCAAGGUCUAUAAUACAAAUAUGGCCAGUGAAUGGCUAGUGAAUCUACUUCUGAGUUUUUAAAAUGGUAGAAACAUAAAUGUUCUUUGGGGGCUGUUUUACUAAGUCCUGCUUGUUUCUCUCUGCCAUUAAUUGGUUUUAAAAAUGUUUUAUGCUUUUUGUCUCAGGUAUCAGGCAGUGUUUUCGUAACCAUUUCAUGUAAUAACUUUCA